AUGGACUCUGCUCAGACUCCAUAUCUACGUCUCCUAGCUGCUGGCUCCAACGCUCGCGGUCAGCUAGCCAAUGGCUCUGACGACGAUUCACAUAUCUUCAAAAAUUGUCGCUUCAUAAACUGCACAGAGGGCACGCUUCCUCCCCAUACGUUCGGGAUCUUGCAGCUUGCGACUGGAGCAAACCACACUCUCGCAUUAUUGGAUUUUGGCGGCGGACGAAGGGAGCUUUGGGGGUGUGGAGACGGACGCAAAGGGCAGCUGGGUCCUGAAUACAUGGGACAAUUGACAGAAUUCACGCCGAUCAGCAUGCCAUUGUACAAAACCUAUGCUGCUCAAGGGUAUACCUGUUGUCUCGUCGCUGCUGCUUGGGAGACAUCAUAUCUUGUUUUGAAAUCGCCCUCCAGACCAGACGUAGUUAUCUCGAUGGGUUCAAAUGACUUUGGGGCACUCGGCGUGGGCACAAAACAAGCUACGGCAACUCCGGCAGUCGUUUCGUUUGAUCACCUCACUAUCGAGGGACGUUCUAUCUAUCCCAAUGAGCUGGUUGUCGAGUCCGUUGUCGCAGGACCUCGUCAUGUCGUACUUCAUGUGCGAACUGUUCUCAAUGAUGAACAUAUGCUCAUUGGCUGGGGGUUGGCCAGACAUGGCCAACUAGGGGACACGAAGAUCGUAAACCAUGAUCGCCCUCACAUCAUUUCCCUUGAUGUAUCUCCAGAUCCGGCGCAAACGUGUUCUCUCGGUCUCCAACACACUGUCGUCUGCCACCAAUCGGGGCGGACAACAGUGUUUGGAUCUAACAAGAAAGGACAACUCCAUGGGAUGAAUUCCUGGGGACGCGUCCGACAAGUUGGGUGCACGUGGAAUGGGACAUACCUCCUUAGAGAUGACGAUGAAGAUACCCUUAUAUCAAUAGGAAGUAAUUCCCAUGGUCAACUAGGUCGAGAGUCGCAAGUCGAGGAGAACGGGGUCACUGUCGGGCCUGUCGAAUUUACCUUAUCUCACGAUGGCAAAUCACCCCCGCUGAGAUCAUUUGCUUGCGGCAGCGAACAUGUGAUAGCAGUGAUAUCUCCAUCUGGCUCGUCAGACAUGGAAGUUUGGGGUUGGGGAUGGAAUGAGCAUGGUAACUUGGGGCUGGACCAUACGGAUGAUGUGCCGAAGCCCAUCAAGAUCUGGCCAGCAAAGGGACAUGUGCUAGACGGAAGAAUUGCUGGAGUAUGGGCCGGAAAUGGGACUAGUUGGAUAUUGUUAGAAACGGCUAUGCUGAAACGCGAUGUAUGCCAUGACAAAGCGGGCCCAAGGCUUGGGACCCCCGUCUGGUCUCAAUGA